ACUCACCCUAAGGCCUCGGGGUGGGAAGUGGCCGGGGCGGAGCGGGGCGCGCACGCAGGGCCCGGAGCCCUCGUUGUCGCCGCGGUGGCGGGAGCGGAGCGGUCGCCUCAUCCGCGGGUCCAGCCGCGUAGGUUGGUCAGUGCGUACCGUGGGGGUGUAUGGGCUGAGGGUGUGCCUGGGUCCCCAGGGGGGCGUCCAGCCCCCAGGAUCAGUUUCUGCCGGGUCCACCCUGCCGUCCGCACGGCUCAACCUCCGUGGCCUGAGGUCAGUGAGUGGGUAGAGGACGCGGGAGGGUGGCCUUUGAAGCCUGAAAUGCGUACUGAGCCCCGAAGUAGCUGUGGGGAACUCCAGGCGGUGGAAACGUCGGCGUUCUCACCGGUAGGGAGAAGGGCGAGGAAGCGGCCGGGCGCUGGAGGCGGGCAGCUGGAGCGCAGGUGGGAAGGAAGAGGAGACACUCCCUGACUCGCAGAGCCUCCCUUUAGGAAAAGCGCAACUCAGGCGGGGGACCCGGCAGGUGGGCGCGGGAAGCCGGACCCUGGAGGGUCUGCGCUUAAGCUCUUGAAAACAGAAUGGACUGAACUGUGCCCCCAGCCUUGGCCACGGCGGUUAAGGUGCGGGCACCGCGGGUGUUUUUCUGGAGCAAACCCUGGCGGUUGGGUCUUCCGCACUCUCGGGGCUGCGCUCGCCCGUGGGAUCCGAGCGGACGGAGGUGCGGAAACGGCAGAUGCCCGCGGCCCAGGAGACCACCGGCCCCGCGCCGGGCCAGCACGGAGCGGGGAGCCGCGGCUCCAACGCCUGCUGCUUCUGCUGGUGCUGCUGCUGUAGCUGUUCCUGUCUUACUGUUAGAAACCAAGAAGAACAGAGACCCAGGAGGGCCUCCCAUGAGCUCAGACGAGAAGACCUUCCAACCUGUGAAGAAAGCCCAAGCCCCACUCUGGAAGAAGUCAGCGCCUGGGCUCAGUCGUUCGACAAGGUAAUGCUUACCCCGGCGGGAAGGAAUGCCUUCCGGGAGUUCCUCCGAACAGAAUUCAGUGAAGAAAAUAUGCUUUUCUGGAUGGCGUGUGAGGAGCUGAAAAAGGAAGCUAAUAAGACCGUAAUCGAAGAGAAAGCAAGGACAAUCUACGAAGACUACAUUUCCAUUCUUUCUCCGAAAGAGGUCAGCUUGGACUCCCGUGUAAGAGAAGUCAUCAACAGGAACAUGGGAGAGCCCUCUCAACACAUAUUCGAUGACGCCCAACUUCAGAUCUACACCUUAAUGCACAGAGACUCGUAUCCCCGGUUCAUGAACUCUGCCCUCUAUAAAGAUUUGCUUCAGUCCUUAUCUGAGAAAUCAGUCGAAGCAUAGGAUGUUAUCAAAUGUAUUUAUUAUUAAUAAAAUAAUAAAAGAACUCAUGGACUAUGUCUAGUACAGGGAACUUAGAGACAGUAGUAUCUUCUUGCUAGAGUCAUCUGCGGGCUAUUUUAAUAACAGAUGCUUCCUUCCACAGAAGGCUGUGUAUUCACAAUGUCAGUUGCAGCCACCGUUAGUGACACUUUUGGAAAACGACGGGUACGGCUGCCUUAGAAAAAGAUAGUAUGUUUACAUUCACAGUAACAGUCACAUGUCGCGAAUGGCGAAGGAUAUACUAGAAGACUAUCCUGCCUGGGGCAUGUACGUCCACUGGAGCAAACAGGACUGCUUUCGUUUUGUCUGAGUUCUGUAUCUGAUGACUUUCCUCCCAAAGAAAAGGCAUUCAGGUGUUUCUUAGCUACUCCUUCCUUCCGUCGGGCUGUCUUGAAUGUUUUGCUUAUCAGUGCCAUUACCGGACCCCAGUUCCCAUCUGACCAAGAUGUGUCACCACUACUCAUAAGGACGGUAUUGCGCUCUCAGAAGACGUGUAUGCAGAUACAUAUAGGUGCAUGUGUAUCUAUACCAGAUAAUGUAAGGAACUGUGCUCUUAGGUGGGUCGGUCUCCUGUUCCGUAAGGGAAGUAGUGUUUAGAAAAUUCUUUUGUUGACAAGUCACUGUUUUAUCAUCGCAAUCUGCCAGCCUAAAGAAUGGACUUUUAACUCACAGCUUAGUCGCGUUCGUAACAAAACUUUCAAAUAAGCCUAUUUCCGUUUUUAUUAUUCGAAGAAAUAUGGGCAUUUUCACUCUAAAAAAAUAAAGCACAAGAGUUUUAUCUCUUUUUUUUUUCACAUGUCAAUAUUUGGGAACGUCUGAUUCAAUAAGAAGGGUGACGUGUGAGGUUUAGGCUCUGGCUUGCUACUUUCCUUACUGAUCUGUAGGGGUCCCCUGGUUCUUCUACCCCCUUCUCAUUGUUUCAAUUACUGCCAACAUGCUCAUGGCUCCCAAAUUAGGACCCGGUGUAGAUUUCCUCCAGCACGUCACAAUCAGCUGCCGGCUGGACACCUCCCCUCGUAUAUCCCAGAGGAGUGAAACUCAUCCAGAUUCUGACUUCUCAUCCCACUGGUCCCCCACCUCCAAGCCCCUCCCCAAUCACCCAGCCAGUCACUUGGUUCCUAUCCAGGUGCUAACUUUUCCCUGCUUUCUCCUCGCAAACACAGUCGCCAAGCCCGGCUCAUCUUUACUCAAUAUUUCUCGUGUGUCUCUUCUUCCUUCUUCCCAUCCCCUUGAUCUCACACCUGCCAUCAUCAUUGCCAAGAGCCCCCUUACUGGUCUCCCUGCCCCAAUCUCAGCCUUUCAAAUCCACCUUCCAAAAUGCCACAUCUUUCUUACAUGCAAAUCUGCCCAACACCCUCCCUCUACUCCUUAGAAUCUUUAGUAACUCCGGAUUGCCCAGAGUACAAAUACCAAAUUCUCAUUACAGCGUACAAGCAAGGGCCUCUAUAGUCGGGCUACGGCUCCCUAGCCAACCCCACACAGGUUUAGAUCCUAGAAUAUAUGCUUAUAGACAAGGCACUUCUUACCUUCAUAACCACUCACACCGUUCAUACUCUCCGCUACCCGUACCCCUCUCUACAACGCCACCCUUCAGUCAGCUAACUCCAGCCAUUCCUUUAAGAUUUACCCACACACGACUGACUCCAAGAAGCCUUACCUGACCUCCUGAUUC